GCUCUAUCCGACAAACUGAAAUUUCUGAGGCGCCAACCUGAGUAGAGUAACCGAACUCCAGUUUUUCUUGCCGGUAGUCUAUUUGACGACAGUGAGGUACAUCUCGUCGGGAUGCUGUAUUUUCUGGAGAGACUGCAAGACUCGUCCCUCGUAGCCAGUUUCCAAAGAACCUGCGGUUUGUAUCAGUGUAAUGAGGAGGGUAAGGUGGGUCCCCAGAAGAGCGGCCAGGUGCUCGCGGUCCAGCCGGACUUGAUGCGAGACAAGCCGAUAGAAGCACCUGAAGUAUCCCGGAACGGGAAUUUGGUACGAAGACAUUCGGACACAAACGGAGCGAACGGAUUUAUUAAAAAGAGAGACUCUCGAAAGUACAUUGUGAAAAACCAGUUCCUUUACUAUUUGUUCCGGUUUGCUGCAGCCCUGGGUCAGGAAGUUUUUUACAUUACCUUUUUGCCUAACACUUUCUGGAACUUUGACCCCUAUGUCUCCCGGAGGCUGGUCAGCAUGUGGGCGAUUGUGAUGUACAUUGGCCAGACUUCUAAAGAUCUCCUAAAGUGGCCUCGACCAUCUUCUCCACCAGUCAUGAAGCUGGAGACAAGAGUGGAGGCAGAAUAUGGGAUGCCGUCUACACAUGCCAUGGCAGCCACGGCGAUCUCCUUCACUUUUUUGCUGUGUACAAUGGACCGGUACAAGUAUCCAUUUCAGUUGGGAUUAGCGACUGCUGUGAUUUUGUCAUUGCUUGUGUCUCUCAGCAGACUUUACACCGGCAUGCAUACUGUUCUGGAUGUUAUCUGCGGCAUCUUAAUGGCUGCCCUACUAGUGAUGCUAACGUAUCCUUUCUGGGAUUCCCUGGAUCAGCUUCUGCUCACCAGCUCAGCCACACCUUUACUUGCUAUAGUGGUCCUUUUCUUCCUGUGUCUGAAUUACCCAAAACUGGACCAUUACAGCCCCAGCAGAGGUGACACUACCAUUAUCCUGGGUGUUGCAGCUGGAUCAACUGUAGGCUUUUGGACCAACUACCAUCUAGGAGAAACCUAUGAGCCAACUGGUGAAUUUCCUCUUUCUCUCCCUCCUCUGACAUGUGCCGUAGUGCUGACGGCAGCUGCCCGUGUCCUUGUUGGCAUUCUCUGUUUACUUGUGGUCCGGCAGGUUGUGAAAGGUCUUAUGCUCAAGGUAUUGUGUACAUGGUUUGAUGUUUCUGUCAAAGACAAGGAUGCCAGACAAAGACUUGAAAUCGAGGUGCCCUACAAGUUUGUAACUUAUUCAUCCAUUGGCUUCUCCACCACUGUGCCAGUGCCUCACCUUCUCAGGCUACUAGGAUUAAUGUGAAGGUGAUGUGCAGCUACUUUAAAUGUUACAUGCCAAAUGAGCAUCAUUGAUCUCUUCCGAACAGUCCAAGUUUAUUCACCACAUACUACAGUAAUGACAUUAUUUUAUGAAUAGAAGAAAACUAUUUAAAACAUCAAUCAGGAGCUGUUAUGCAGUGCAUGAGGUAAAACAAAUGUUUAAAAGAAAACAGUUAAGUAUGUAGGCAGCAAUAAUAUUGGUUGAUUGGUUGGGUUUUUUUUUUGUUUUUUUUUACACAGAAUGCAUCUUUACGUUUAGUCGGAGUGAUUGACAUUGAUUCAGUGAGGUUAAAUUCAAGAUGCAGUGGUAUUAAUGCACAAUAUGUCUGUCAUUUAUAAAAUGUGUAUCAUGAGUUGGCAUGAUGCUAUAUAGCUAUAAAGUAAAACUGAAUAUAAAUUAAUAUAUUUUCAUAUAUAAAUGUUAAAUUAUCAGUGGUAGUGUUGCUUAUACAUUACACAUCUGUUUUACUUUAUCAAAAUGAGCAUGUGUCCAGCAAGAUAAGAGACAUUGUUAAAAUUACUAUACAUUUAAGGAGCAGAUUGUUUUCAGAGGUCUUGAGAUGUAUGGCACUAUUGCGUUCAACAGAAGAUUUUCAUACCAACUUAUAUAUUUUUUUCUUUUUCCUAGACUUGUUGUGCAAAUCCUACUAGUUUCCCUACCUGUAUUAGGCAGGUGUAACCAACAUACCAACAAAAAAGGUCGGUUGACUUUUGUCUGCUGUCCAACCAGUUUUCCAGUGUCUUAUUUUAUAUUCCCCCUUCUAAGCUUCCUUUCACUGAAAAGUAUGAGAAACUCAAAGGCUGAUUUUUACCAUUAAAGAUCUCUCACAGGCUGGUCCAUGGUGAGGAAUGGAUAGAGUUGUCAUCAUCCAGAAUUCAGUAAGCAAGAUUUGGGAUGAAAAAAUCACCCAAGAUGCUCCAUUUAAUGGUACUGAGAUGCAAGUUUUUCAACAUGUAUGGAAUGAGAUCAUUUAAAGGGGAGCUGAUUUUCUUAUAACGUAUUGUUAUGUCAUAUAUAGUAAUGAGUUAGACUGCUGAACUCUGCAAUAUUUUUUAUGGUGAUUACUCUUUAAUCAGAUUAUUAAUUGUAACCAAACACAGCUUUUGAGGUUUAAGAUCAAAGCUACAACUGGAAAACAAAAGGCACUGCAACUAUGCUAGGCUUAGCUCUUUAGCCAUUGUCUAAUAUAGUCGGAGAGCACGUUGCUUAGCAGAGGAGGUGUUCCUGAACACCAAUUUACCAUAAAGCCAACUGGCAAUUUCCUCCUCUCAUAAACCUGUUUGCUCUGAUGUAGCAUGUCAGAUUUCCUUGAGGCCUAGUGAGUGCUCAUCAUCAUCCAGCUGUCCUCACUUCAGGGGUUUUUGAAUUUUACUUCUCCAUCUGGCCGGGGGGAGCUUUAGCCUGUACUCUGCAGAAACUGACUGAGGUUACACUUGCUUACUCCUUAGCCUUACAUCUGACCAUAAUAAGCCACUUUGUCCAAAAACUGGGUUGCUGGGAGUUGGAAGCAUGGCUUUGGGUUGUGGGAAGAAAGAGAAAAUUGAGUUUAUAACUUGCAUACAGUGGAGUUUGACUUUAAUAUGCAAAACUACACUGAAUGUGGCUGGCCUGGGACACAGAACACGGGUCCAGUGAGCCGUGCUGCAGUAACACCAACCAUUCUGCUACGUCCUCAUUCCUGAAUGUCUUAGAAAACACCAUUACUGUGUGGCAUGUCAUUCAUAAAUGAACAUUCCCUAUACUGGUGUAAGUUUGAUACCUACAGUGUUCACUUCAGAGUUGAGGAGGUCUGAGAACGCCAACAGAGGGCACAAGGCUGGACCCAGUCCUGUAGGGGAUGCCUUUCCAUUGCAGGGCAUACUCACUUAUACCAUAUCUGGCUUACAGUACUGCUGAUGAUAAUAAUACUUCACAUUUUAUAUAAUAAUUUGAUUUACAUAAUACAGUGCAUUUGCCGUUUUCAUAGUUGAACAUAAGAGCAGCCGACUUUUGUCAAAAGCACAAUAAUCACCAUUUACUGAAAAUGCCAUUUAAAAACUAGCUUUUUUAGUCUUUAUGGAGCUAAUCGUGAAAACAUGAAUAACCACAGAUAACAAAGGGCUUUUAAAAUGUAAAUCAGUCUUAAGCCUACAAGUAACAGGAUAGACCCUAGAGGCGAAAACUGUCCAUUUUCAAAAGCAAGAUAAGAAUACAGUAGAAGCUCCACACAGGAAUAAUGAGAAUUGCAAUUAAGUGGAAUCUGUGGCAUCAAGUCCACCAUGAUGCCGCGUUAAUGCAAAAAAUAAGCCAAAAUUAUUUGUAAAGCCAAAGAAAUAAGGGGACAGUCUUGACUUUGCAUUCAUUCUUUAAAACGGUAUAGGCUGCUUGUUCUAGAUUAAAAAAAGAAUGUCUAUAGAAUUUACCAGAAACAAGUAUUACACUUUAGCCCAUGGAGAAUUCAGUAAGCUUUUACUGUUGACGAGAAUUAUUCCACAGGCAUUAGAUCAACAAUAAAUCAAUGCAACAAGGGAUCCAAGUAACUGAAAAUUGCUUCAAGUCUACUAGUAAGCUGAACUAAAUCAUUUAUAUUUUGAUGCAAAUAGCAUGCAAUUGUCUGAACCGGAUCUUUAAUGUUUGUCUUUUGUAAAAUUCUUAUUCCAUUUCAUUAAGCUAUGGUGUUCAAUCUUGAUAAUCAUCAGACAUUGCUAACCCUUCCAAUACGUAUGAUUUUUUUUUUUUAAUUAGAUGGUAAACACAGUUUUGUAUUUUGCCUUCACUUUGUGUCUCUCUCUUAAAAAAAUAAGAUAAAACCUCAGUAAAUUUAUCUUUUGUCAUUGUGGCCAAAAAGUCUUUUUUUUUUAAUUUGACAUUAUAAUCUAGGGCAAUAUUAACCAACAAGCAGUCCAACUGCUAAACAUGGUGCUUGUGUUCACUGUUACAGAUCUGUGUCUCAGGGUCGGGCCCUCGUUAUGUGCAAUUUAUUAAAAUGAGAAUAUCUAGGUGCAGUGUGGUAAAUCAAUUUACUGUAACCAAAAGGUCCUCUAUUACUUUUCUUUUGUUGUUUGUUUCAAUUGGCUGAAAGGUGCACACAAAUGUGGCCAUUUCAGCUUCACAGAAUGUUGUGUUUAAAGGAGAUUACAAUGUAUCAGACAAAUCCGUGAUGCCCCUUAAUCAAAUCUAAGGGUUGAGCCAAGCAUUUAGUCAUUCGAGCUGCACCAGAGACCAAGGGGCUCAUUUAUAAAACUUUGUGUGACUAUGCGAGUGCCAACAAAGGGGAAAGAUUUGAUUUAUAAAAGCUGGCAUACACACAUUUCUACACAAUUUACCUUUUGUAAAUCACAAUCAUCUUUUAAAUGUGCAUACGUGAAUGGUCAUAUGCCACCCUGAAACAACCCUACGUGGACAAUGCAAAUUAACUUUGUACAUAGAUGCAGUCCUGAUGCUGAGUGGUAAAGCAGCUUCCCCCCUAUCACCUGCA